CUGUAAAAGCAGAAGAUGAUUUGAGAGCAGACGGUUUUUCAAUCGUCUUUGAUAACGGUAUCGCCCUCAAGAUGACCACACACGAUGAUGCACUCACCAUACUCGUCACCAUUCCAAACAGGUUCAAAUACAACACGCACGGCAUGCUGGGAACGUGGAAUGAUGAUCAGAGUGAUGAUCUACAAAGACCUGAUGAUGACGUCAUUAUACCGGCAACCUCGUCCAUGGAGACAAUAUUCCAUGAGUUUGGAAAUACUUGGCGUGUCAAGAAGAACGAGUCUUUGUUCUACUACAGACCGGGAUACAACCAAUCAUCGUAUACGAACUAUAACUACACACCUUCACUGAUAGAACCAACUUUCUCAUUGGAUGAUCGUAUUGGUCACGUGUGCGGCACUAGCCAAUUAUGUGCAUUUGAUCUGUUAGUGACUGCAAGAGAGGAGUUUGCUGGCCAGACGUUAAGGGCCAUUGAGCAAUAUCAAUCUACAAGAAAAGAUCUAGAACCAGGUAUUGGACAUUAUCAAACCCAAAGAAGAUAA